AUGUCAGUGAUACAGCUAUUUUCUAUUGCUGUGCUGGUGGGUCUUCUGAUUCUGCACUUUCUGAGACGGCUUUGGUCGCGGAAACGCUACCCUCCCGGGCCAUUUCCUCUUCCCGUCUUUGGGGGCAUCUGGAGGAUUGCGAUCAGGCUUUAUCAAGACACUCUCACUAAGCCCACAAAGGAAUCCGGAAAAACAGAACAACUCGCAAGACACUUCCUUCAGGUGGCAACCUUUGGCAAGGAUGUCUUUUCGCCUGUGCAUAUCGGGAAGCAGCAGAAGCAGAUCGGACAGGCCACCCUGCAGCAGCUGGGGAGGGGGAAGAAAAGCGUUGAACACCAGAUAGGAGAGGAAGCUCAUCGCCUUGCAGACAUCUUUGCACAAGCCAAGGGGGAGCCCCUGGAUCCUUUGCCACCCAUCAUUAGCGCCGUCUCCAGUAUGGUGUGUGCCACGGCUUUUGCACGUCAGUAUUCCAUCAAAGACGAACAUUUCCGGAAACUGACUGAAGAACUUGAACGGGCCUUAAAAUCCGGAGGCAGCUUCAUUUAUGCACUGAAGAGAAUGUUCCCAUUGGUCAUGAGUUGUCUCCGAGGGCCACAGAAGAAAGCAUUGUUGGCAAGGGAGUUUGUGCUUUCACUUAUAAAGAAGGAGAUAAAGAAGCAUAAGGAACAUCGCCAGCCUCAUGAGCCACAGGAUUUCAUUGACUUUUAUCUCCUUAAGAUGGCGGAAAGGAAAAGUGAUGUCACCUCCACUUACAAUGAGGAGAACCUGGCUGAAUGUAUCCUGGACUUCUUUAUCACAGGGGUGGAGACCACUGCCACUACUCUGCAGUGGGCAUUGCUUCUCAUGGCAACUUAUCCAGAUAUCCAAGAUAAAGUCUACAAGGAGAUGGAAGAUGUUUUUGGUCCAUCUCAGGUUUUCUCCCACCAAGACUGGCACAAAUUGCCUUACACAAGCGCCGUCAUCCAUGAGAUCCUACGUGUCAAAUACGCCUUCCUAUUCAGGAUCGUCCGACAAUGGGCAAGAGAUGUGAAUAUCCUUGGUUUUCUCAUUCCCAAGGGUACGUUUAUCAAUCCAAACCUGAAUUCCAUUCUUCUUGAUCCAAAGCAAUGGAAGACACCAGAAGAAUUCAACCCAAAUCAUUUUUUGGACACGGAUGCUAAAUUUGUAGCUAGAAAAGAAUUUCUUUUGUUUGGAGCGGGUAACUCUGUGAGUUUGGAAGAGCAUUUGGCAAGAGCUGAAUUUUUUGCCUUCUUCACCACUCUGCUACGGGCAUUCCGUUUCCAGCUGCCAGGAGAAGUGACAAAACAUCACCAAAAAGCUAGAGUUGAACUGACCACAUAUCCCCAUUCUUAUGAGCUUUGUGCUGUUCCUCGUGGCAAUUCAUCACAAACUAGUAAAACCCAGUAGGUGCUAAGGCAGAACCAAGAAUCAACCAGAGG